CUCGCACGUGGGAGCUCAUGCAGGUUAGUGUGUGUUGUAAGCCAACAAAAAAAAAAGGUAAAUCCCCCUUCAAGCUGCUAUAAGAGGCGAGAGGAUGGAGACAGAGAGAUACACACUUCAGUGAGACUCCUCCUCUGCAGAAGCACACAGCUUUACCACCAGAUAAUCACAAUGAUGCAGCUCGGCUCCUUUGCCUCCUCCCUCCUCCUGCUCCUCCUCGGAUGUCUGUGCAGGACCACCGAGGGUCGAACUCUGCACGUAGACGGCUGUUCUGCCCACGUUCACCUACAUGAACUGCGCAGCCAUUACUCCGACAUACGACAACACGCGCAAUCAGGAGACAAUGAGAUCGGAGUGAAACUUCUGGAUGGCUCUCUAAUCAAUCACGUCCAGAACGGCCAGACGUGCUGCUUCUUGCGUCUCGUGCUGCGCUUCUACGUUGAGCGAGUGUUCCACAACUUCGAGUCCUCGCAGCCACACCACCAGCGCGGCUCCAGCGCCCUGGCAAACGCUUUCGUCACCAUCAGAAGAGAUAUGCACAGAUGUCACUGCCACUGUGGAGAAGAAACCCAGAGAACAAUCGACACAGUCCACUCCAAGUUUGACAUGCUGCAGAUACGACCAGCAGCACAUAAAGCAGUGGGAGAACUGAACACGGUUCUAGACUGGCUGGACGGACUGGGACAGAAACUAUGAAUACGAUGUUAAACCUGGAAAACAAUGAUGACUUGUUCAAAUCCCCCUUCGUAGCAUUUUGCAUUUCGCUGCUGGUACUUGAAUUAAAUUAAACUGUAAAUGUUUUUAUCCACUGGCAUGUGGACCAUUUAAAAUGUAUUUAUAAUGAACAGAGUUUUUAGAUGUAAAUACAUAGCUCAUUUUGUUUUCUAUUGUCAGAUUAUAAUAUAUAUAAAUGUACAUUCCCAUGCGUUGUGUUUGG